UUCUCACACCUACCCCCGAGGCCCCCCACAUUCUCAUCUACAGAGCUUUUUAGUAACUCCAUAGUGAAGAAGGACCACCACCAACCACCAUCACCAAGAAAAUAGCACAAAAACUCACCUAAUACUCCCGGUCUUCUCCUCUUCUUUGAUUUUCAGGUAAUCCCAUCAGCAACGACUCCUCUUCUUCCUUUCUUCCAACAUCCCACGUCAGGACUAGUGUAAAGCCAAAAUAGAAAAGAUUCUUAAGUGGGAUUUCCAUGGAGGCAAAAGUUGUACAGAGUUUGCAAUGGUCAACGUUGAAUAGCUCCGAAAAUAUUAUGAGGAGACCGAGUAGUUCAUUGCGUUAUAGGAAAAGAUUUAAUGGAAACGAUCAGAGGCAUCAUCAAACUCUUGCUUCUUGUCAUCUUGGAUUUGGAAAAGGCGUAAUUGGGCAGAGAUCAGUGGUGUUGAAAGUUUCAUGUUCUUCGCAGAAUGUUUCAGCUUCGGUGCUAGAAUCUGGAAGUGUUCCAACAUCCUCUGAUGAAGCUGUGAUCUUGAAGAAGAAGUCAGAAGACAUUGAACCAUAUCUAGAUGGACGCUGUAUAUAUCUUGUUGGAAUGAUGGGUUCUGGAAAAACUACUGUUGGCAGGAUUUUGUCCGAAACUCUUGGCUAUUCGUUUUUUGACUGUGACACGCUAAUAGAGCAGGCUGUUGGGGGGACUACUGUUGCUGAGAUCUUUAAGUUAUAUGGCGAGUGCUUCUUUAGAGACAACGAGACUGAAAUAAUACGAAAGCUGUCCUCAAUGCAGCGGCUAGUUGUAUCGACAGGUGGGGGUGCAGUUGUUCGGCCCAUUAAUUGGAAGUACAUGCAUAAAGGAAUUAGUGUUUGGCUGGACGUACCUUUAGAAGCCUUGGCACGGAGAAUUGCAAAAGUAGGAACUGAUUCACGUCCCCUUCUGCAUGGAGAAUCAGGAGAUGCCUAUACAAAGGCUCUCAAGCGUUUGUCUACCCUUCUUGAGGAUAGGGGAGAAGCCUAUGCCAAUGCCAGCGCAAGAGUUUCCCUUGAGAAUAUUGCAGCUAAGUUGGGAUGCAAAGAUGUCUGUAAUCUCACUCCUACUGCAAUCGCCAUUGAGGCACUUGUACAAAUUGAGAACUUCUUGAAGAAAUAAGAAGGCACCAGAGUUAGUAGUGAGGACGAGGCAAAGUUUUUUCUCGUAUGUGGCAAUGAUUCAUUGAAGUGCCUGUUUUCGUUUUCCAGUGGCGAAGGUCGCAUGAGUUUCACAUACUCUUCUUUUUGACCAUUUUAGGGUGCAGUGCUGUAUCCUCAGUAGGCUGCAUUAGACACUGCAGGGUGGGUUAAAGUAAUUCAUGUAUAGGCUAUCUCUCUGUCUUCUAUCUGUAAAAUACUACAGUGGUCAGCAAGGAAGGAUUGUCAGCAUUCUUUGUAAGCAUGUUCACUACAUAAUGAUUUAAGCAUCAAUUCAGCUUGUUGACCACAACUGUUGUGUUUUAGUGCAAAUAUACGUCACUUUUAAUGUUCA